GGAACAGAGAUGUUCGGGACUUCCAAACCCUCGCCACACCCUCGAGGGAACGAGGGUUCGGAAGUCCCGAACAUCUCUGUUCCACGGCUCAAAAUUUUUCUCGAGGGCUCGCUGCUUAUAUGAAAUCCGACAACACGAAAUCGAUACCCCUCAAAAGCUUAUAUCGAGUGACCGAAGUGCUAUUUUUCGAGGGUUCGAGCACUUGGUGAGAGCCUAUUUUCGAGUACUCGCUGCACCCCUCGAACGACUGGUUGGUUAAUAACUGGCAGAAUAAAUGAUCAUUCUUAUUACUUAUACAAAGAGAUAGUGUAGAUAAUGUGCUGACUAAAGAAAUAAGUAGAAAAAAUCUUUCCUCUAUGAUGUCUCUCGAAUUUCAUGUUUUAUUUUUAAACUUUUCAUUCACCCCUCAUCAACAAUUAAUACAUCACUGAGAACUUUGAUAAACAACUUGAACUAUAAAAAUAUUCUUAUAUCAGAAGAUUUUUUCUACGAUCUGAAAUAGAUUUAUUCAUUUUGCGACCUUUAAAAAGAUUUCAUAGACGAAUUAAAAUAUAUUAAACUUGUAGAGAGUACUGUUUCACACUAUUGCAUUAUCUAUUAUCAAAUUUUUGAUGCAUUAAUUAAUACCUUUAUAAUAAACGGAAGUAAAAAUGCAUUUCAUAAAACUUAGAGAAUCAUUAAAUAUAAUUAGACGGAUAUUUUUCUAUAUAUAAGUAUUAUGGACGUGACGUUGUCCCAGUCAACCAAGUUAUGUUUUGAUUUCAACGGAAAUAAUUUUCCUUCAUUCGAAAAGUUUCUUCUUGUAUUUUUUUCUCAUGUUAUUAAACCCUAGAAAGAAAGAAAAACAUUGUAAAAAAAAAAUUUUAUAUUUUUUAUUUUUUAGGGAUACAUUACGUGAUAUAUUAUCAUUAUUAAGAACUACGAAUCACCCGCAGGGUGAUAAUAUGAUAAAAGUAAUGAGAAAUUGGGCACGUAUGAAUCAAGUGCCUGUUUAA